CAAAUCCCCAGCCUCCUAGUCUCCUCCUCCCAUCAUGGUUACCACCAAGAUGACUGCUGUCUUUAGAAACCCUAAUAGGAGACAGGUGGCGACAGACAAGGUGGCAGAAAAGCUGAGUUCUACUCUCUCAUGGGUGAAGAACACAGUCUCGCACACAGUCAGUCAGAUGGCCAGUCAGGUGGCAAGUCCAUCAGCCUCACUACAUACCACAUCCUCAUCUACCACACUGUCAACACCAACACAGUCACCAUCUUCCCCAUCAAAGUUGAGUCCAGACGACUUAGAACUCCUGGCUAAGCUGGAGGAACAAAACAGAUUAAUAGAGACAGACAGUAAGUCUUUAAGAUCAGUGAAUGGGUCAAGAAGAAACAGCGGCUCCUCUCUUGUCUCAAGUUCAUCGGCCUCCAGCAACCUCAGCCACUUGGAGGAAGACUCUUGGAUUCUAUGGGGAAGAAUUGUGAAUGAGUGGGAUGAUGUACGCAAGAAGAAAGAAAAGCAAGUGAAGGAGCUCGUUCGUAAAGGGAUACCCCACCACUUCAGAGCCAUAGUUUGGCAGCUUCUGUGUGAUGCUCAGACUAUGCCGGUUAAGGACCAGUAUUCAGAGCUACUGAAGAUGACGUCACCUUGUGAGAAGCUGAUCCGGAGGGACAUUGCCAGAACUUACCCAGAACACAACUUCUUUAAGGAAAAAGAUAGCCUUGGACAGGAGGUUUUAUUUAAUGUAAUGAAGGCGUACUCCUUAGUGGACCGCGAGGUUGGCUACUGUCAGGGCAGUGCUUUCAUAGUUGGACUGCUGCUUCUGCAGAUGCCAGAAGAAGAAGCUUUUUGCGUAUUUUUUAAAUUAAUGCAAGACUACCGACUUCGUGAACUCUUUAAGCCAAGUAUGGCAGAGUUGGGCCUGUGCAUGUACCAGUUUGAAUGCAUGAUACAGGAGUAUCUUCCAGAGCUCUUUGUACAUUUUCAGUCUCAGAGUUUCCAUACAUCAAUGUAUGCAUCAUCCUGGUUCCUGACUAUCUUUCUUACAACUUUCCCACUACCAAUUGCAACAAGGAUAUUUGACAUCUUUAUGUCUGAGGGUUUAGAAAUAGUGUUUCGAGUAGGAUUAGCGCUUCUUCAGAUGAAUCAGGCAGAAUUAAUGCAACUUGACAUGGAAGGGAUGUUACAGCACUUCCAGAAGGUCAUUCCACAUCAGUUUGAUGGUGGCCCAGAAAAAUUAAUCCAGUCAGCUUACCAAGUCAAAUACAACUCAAAAAAAAUGAAAAAACUUGAAAAAGAAUACACUACAAUAAAAACUAAAGAAAUGGAAGAGCAAGGUGAAAUUAAAAGGUUACGCACAGAAAACAGGCUUUUAAAACAGCGCAUUGAAACACUAGAAAAACAUAAAUGCAGUUCCACCUACAACGAAGAUUUUGUGCUGCAGUUGGAGAAGGAGUUGGUCCAAGCCAGACUGAGUGAAGCUGAGUCUCAGUGUGCCCUGAAGGAGAUGCAGGACAAAGUGCUGGACAUAGAGAAGAAGAACAACUCAUUUCCUGAUGAGAAUAACAUUGCAAGGCUUCAGGAAGAACUCAUUGCUGUGAAGCUGAGGGAAGCUGAAGCCAUUAUGGGUUUGAAAGAACUUCGACAGCAAGUCAGAGACUUAGAAGAGCACUGGCAGCGUCACGUAGCUCGGACUUCUGGGAGGUGGAAAGACCCACCCAAGAGAAACGCCGUGAGUGAGCUGCAGGGUGAGCUAAUGAGCAUUCGCCUCAGAGAAGCGGAGACCCAGGCAGAGAUGAGAGAGAUGAAGCAGAGGAUGAUGGAGAUGGAGACGCAGAACCAGAUCAAUAGUAACCAGCUUCGAAGAGCAGAGCAAGAGGUGACCAGUCUGCAGGAGAAGGUGUGCUCCCUGUCUGUGAAGAACAAGGGGUUGCUUGCCCAGUUAAGUGAGGCGAAGCGCAGGCAGGCAGAGAUUGAAUGCAAGAAUAAGGAAGAAGUCAUGGCUGUGAGGCUCCGGGAAGCUGAUAGCAUAGCCGCCGUCGCCGAGUUACAGCAGCACAUUGCUGAGCUUGAGAUCCAGAAAGAAGAGGGUAAGCUCAAGGACAACUUAACAGGUCUGACUCUAAGCAGUACAUUCGGGAGCUGAAGGACCAGAUAGCAGAGCUGACUCACGAGCUCAGAUGCCUAAAAGGCCAGCGGGACUUCUCCAGCCGACCUCCUUUUGAUGGGAUCCACAUUGUCAGCCAUCUAAUAGGAGACGAUGAGUCAUUCCACUCGUCUGAUGAAGAUUUUAUAGAUAGUUCCUUACAGGAAAGUGCCAUUGGUUUUCCUUUGCACAGAAAAUCUGGCCCAGUGUCUCUGAAUCCUGCUUUGGCAGAUGGCAGUGAGAGCGAAGCAGAAGAUGGUGUGCUGGGAACUCAGGAGAGUGACCCUGAGGCUCCAGAGAAGCAGAUCCCACAGAGGGAGUCCUACUCAACUACCGUGUGACCGACCGACCGUCACUGUGACAGCUGGAGUCCUGAGGGCAGCGGUGUUACACGAGAAGAGCCGGAGCCAUCCCUUGUCCUGUACACAUAAGUCUGUUUCACAGUCUUCUCUGACUGUCUUUGCCAAAUGCUCACUGAAUUUCCAUUGCCACAGUAGGCUGAAGUAUGUAAUUGGUAAAUGGGGCUCUAACAGUAUUACCGAGUAUAAAUGUUUCCUAUUUAGAAAAUACUGCUAUGUCUAAAUGUGAGAACUGUUUAAACAUUGAGGACUGUGGGAAAUUGGGUUCUUUUUAAACAAAACUGCUCUUGUGCAGUGGUUUAUGCUCCCUGAACAAACUGUACAUUUGUGUUCAUUAAUGUGCUUCCAAGUCAGCUGCCUUUACCCAUCUGACCAGAACUUAGAUGUGAUUCAACCUGUGUUUGAGGAUAUCUCUCUCUUCACUAAAAUUCAGUUGUUUGUGGCAAUUAGAGACUGUCACACAACACUUUUUCUCUGUAUAAUUUCUAAACACAAAGUAAUUGUUCUGAAAGUUUUUUGUUUUAGUUUCUAAGUUUUAUGUGUAUUAUACUUCUCUCUGUUAGUCAGAAUAGUAGCAGGUUAACUACAGAUAUAGUAUUUGUACAUAUUUAUAAAUCUGUAUCACCCAGCAUCCUCUUACAGGAGUAGCAAACAUUGACAAGGACUUCCUUCAGCGUUCUAACAAGACUUCUGUAAAUAACAGGUGAAAAGAAAACUAAAUACAAAUCAGACACUACCGGCUUAGCAGCUCUAGUAACUUGCUAGCAGAUUCAUAACUGAUUGCCGCUCAAACACUACUGGUGAAGUCCUUUCCUCCGUCUUUAAUUAAUAAACUUGUCAUGGUUAAAGAGGCUAUAGCACACACUAUUUCAUGCUAAUCUAUUUAAUAUAAUUUAGCACUAGAAUAAGGUCCAAGAUGCACAGCAAAUAUAUCUGAAAAAAAUGUUGUGAGUCUUCUAUUUAAAUUCUUUAGUUUCUAACGGACAGGUAAAGCCAUAAAAACCCUUUACUCUUAGUCGUUUCCUUGUGUUCAGACUUUUUCUCUAGAAAGCCGAAUGCCUGUUAGUUGUGAGUUGAGAAAGGACACUCAACCUGUGGGAAGGCUGCAGGCCAGUGUUGACUGGAUGUCUCCACACUCUUGUUGGCAGCCUAGGAAAGGAAGAGCCAUAGUGGGAAAUAGAAUUUAGUACAUUUACGGAGUUGCAUUCGCACACAGAAUGUUGUUAUAUGUAGAGAAAAAUGUUUUACAGAAUGGAGUAGAAGAAACAAAAAAGUUGUCAUUCUAAAACUGUGAUGCCUUACGCUGCAUUGAGCUAGGCUUUCCCAGCAAGACUGCCCCAGCUCCUCUCUUACUUGGCAGACAAGAUUGGAACCGUGCCGUCUGUGUCCAGAGCACCCACUAAAUUCUAGUAUUUAAUUUACCUGUGAUCACAAGCUAGUUAUUUAAGGUAUUAAUUCAAAUCUCUUUCCAGGCUUUUCUAAAGGCCUAGCUAAUGAGUUUUUCAGUUCCCUGCUCUCUGGCAAUAAAGUAAGGUUUAUUUAAAUCUGUUUCCUGAGAGUCUUCUGUAGAGGUGGGCAUUCAUGAGCAUCAUAGUCAGGGCUCUGGUGAGAGUGGAUCCUGCUCCCAGUGUUGACAACACUGCUGGGGUCUAGUCCUUUAGGGUUCUCCAGGCAGUCCUGAACUGUUAGUCCAGGGAGUUGUCGAUAGCCCAGUGAAGUGAAACGACUUGUAGCCCUGUUGUUUAUCAAGAUCCACAUCAGGAAACCUGAAUGGGGCCAGCAGAACAGCUCACAAGUUAGGAUGCUUACCUCUGAAUGCCCACGACCCUGUCUCCAGUUCCAGCACCACCAAAAACAAACAAGCUCAGAGAACUUCCUGAGCUCUUUCUGGUUUGAAGUAGGUGUGAAAUAACCGUGGUAAUUCAACUUGAAUUCAUUGACGCUGUUGUGGUCUGUACAGUCGAAAGCUUGAAGCAGCAUCUAUUCAAGGUUCUUUGAGUCAAGUCAGGUGCAGGGACUAUGCCUUCAUCUCCUCCUUCUCUGGAAGCUGAGGCAGGAGGAUUGCUUGAGUACAAGACCAGCCUGGGUAACAGUAAGAUUUUGCCUCAAAAAAAAAAAAAUUUUGAAUUUACAUACACCUGAGAGAUGUGAAGUCCUUCUGGCCAUUAGGGUCCUGCAGGACACUUUGCUCUGAUCUGACUCUGUCUCAUUCAAACUAAUGUUAAGGGUCUGUUUAGGACUGCGAGGUGUUGGACUGUGCUCUAAUGAUGAGCUUUACUUCAUCUGAUAUCUUUGUGUCUUUCUAAUGGUAUCUGUUCUAAAACUUGAAGAAUGUUCUAGGGAGUAAAUGGGCGGACGACGGACCAUAGAAAACCCUGCUCUCUUGGGAUAUCGACUUUCCGCCCCAGGUGACACACUAAAGGAGAGGCUGCAAGCCCAGACCUUAGGAUCCAGAAAGCACUUUAACAAACUUUCUUUUCAGUACUGGGGAUGGAACCCAGGGCCUUACACAGUGGGCAAGCUCUCUACUACUGUGCCACACCCAGAUCUGACUUCUUCACAAUCAGUGCAUACAUUUUCUUUAUGGAGAACGAGGCCAAAGAGUUUGUUUUUUUCAACUUCUACUCUGGUUUCUUGUUGUUUGAAGUUUUUGUUUUGGUUUGUUUUUAUUUCGUUUGGCCAGUUGGCGGCCAGUCAGUCUUUGCUGGUUGAUGGAAACAUCAUAUUCCAGCUAACUGUCUGUCUGUGUUGAAAACAAGAGAAGAAGCCUUUUCUAGCCCUGAGCACAGUGCAGCUUGUGAAUUUCCAGGCAGUGCCUUUGAUUGGAAAUGAUGUCACUGCUUUUGAAGUACAUUGUCCCUGGCUUCGUAAGAAGUCACUUGGUUCCGUGUUCACCAUGCAUAAUGCUCUGUAAUUUCAAUUUUAGAGGCUAAGGAUGUCAAUUAUGUUUCGGUAAGCUCUUCAUGGUCAGCAUGGUCACUGCACAACACCAAGACAUUGCUGGCUAGCGUAUGCAGAGUCAGUAACUCACUCACUAAAGCAGUGAGUUUCAGCGUGAAAGUUACUGCUGCUCUAGAUGAGCAAGCAAUUUUUAAUUAAUUUCUUAUUAAUUCUGAAAUUAAUUAAAAUUUCUUAUUGACAAUAGAGUAGGUAGAUGCUAUUUAAAAUCCAACUUUUUACAUUACACCCAUGGACCUACAUACCUCUUCCUUCCAGAGAAGAGGUGGCACGGUAAUACAUUGGACAUGCAAAGUUAUAAAUGUAUCUCAUUGUACUGUUGGGUUUUCUUAAUUGUAACACUGUAUAACCUAAAAUGUUUACUUGUGCCUUUGCUUUAAAUAAUUAAAGUUUCUCAUUUUGCAAGA